CAACGUCGUUACUCACGACGACGAAAGCUAUAAGCUCAUCGUCCUCAACAAUCACUUCCUUUGCAAAUAAAAAUCAUGCGUCAGUCUGUUGCUCCGAGUCGCAUUUCACAUGCUGCAUCCCUAGCAUCGCAGGCCAAUAAUGCAACAGCAACAUCACGCUUACUGGAGAAAAAGAAAGAGUUUGAGGCCGUUGCUGCCCUUGAACGCGCUAGCGCUCUGUUCCUUAAACGCAUCGAGGGUCUUGCAGAUGAUUGCGAAGUUAUGGCCGAUGCUGGCCAAGUACAUGGUCAGGUGCUCGAACAAUGGCCUCUCAUGUUCCAAAGUUUGAGUUUGUUCUUGAACAGCCGGGAACAGCACUUGUCAGACCCCAGUGACGCCACCGUACCACUUACCGGAGAACGGCUUGUUCGUGUUCCGCUUGACGAGCUCCAAGUUGAUGCGUCGAAGUAAACCCAACUGCGUAUUACUGCGUCUACUUCGAUAUACAUAUCCGUGGUGCCAUGUCGCAUCUCUACCCUGCCCUUUCCCGGAAUCAUCGGGCUCCGCCCAUCUACAUCUGCGACGACCACAAUGCAGUCGAUAACGACCCCUCCAUUCCGCCAAUGGAUUCUGCAUUUCAUUUGCAGUGAGAUGAAAUCUUUACGCCACGAGUGCACGUGUCAGCAAGGGUGGGUACAACGUAACGGUUUCAAGCAUGGUAACAGCGUAUUAGACUUUCAUGGGCACUUGAACCUGUGAAGCGGACGUUACACUUACUGAACAGACAUCAUAUACGUUGUUUCCUGUACUAGUACUCGUAGCAUUACUAUCAAUUCAAAGUAUGCGGCCUUUGGACUUCCAGUCUUCCGCGGAGGAA